GGACGAGUCCUCAGAAGACGAGUCAAUGCCGCCCUCACCGCCCACUGCACUGCUGCCCACCUUCAACGAGAAGCAGCAGCAACCACACAACCAGCAACAACAACAGCAGAAGAUCUCACCAGAAGAAGACGACGACGCAGAUCUCUACGAUGACUCAAUACACUACAUGCCUGCAGCUCGCAACACAGCGAGGCUGGUGAGCGCGAUCUCGGUUUACUAGACUGGGCACCGCCACAAACAUUCACCGCCUGCAUCUUUUUUUUACCGCUGCAUCAGCGCUCAUAAUUCGGCAUCACGUGUAUUUUACGGUCUAGCGAUUUGACGACUUCAUCUCUCGAUACCUCUUCUGCAUAGCAUUGGCGUUGGUUUUUUUAUUAUUAUCAUUAUUAUCAUUCAUCUAUGAUCAUGGAAACAAGCGAGGGGUGACCUCGAAGGCAAAGGGAAACGGGGCACAAAUGUCACCACUCAAGGGAGGAACACUGGAACAGGCGACCCCGCGGAGGGGUUGGCUGGAUUGGCAGAUGAUCGGCUAUCUCGCUCACACAUACCCCCAGUCUCAUCUGGCUGCAGGUCAUGGAGCAAUG